GUCAUUCAGGUCUUCUAAACGCUGAGCGCCGGCAUAGGGCGGUGUUCUGUGUAAUAAAACUACAUCUUACUGACAGCUUCAAGCUGCGCUGAGCAGAGAGACGCAACCGCUUGUGGUGAACUUCAUCUUCUAUCAUGUCCUCAGAUAUUGCAGCCGACUUGGAGCUGGAGCUGGGCGACGUGCUGCAGGAGUUCCAAGAUGUUGUGGAGGAGCUGAAAGCCCCCCCUGAAAGCAAACACCAUUCUUACCAGCACGUCCUGCACGAGGCCAAGAGUCGCAUUGAUGACAGUGGGGUGGAAGACUCUGAUUACAGCAGUGAAGCAUCUAUGGGAAACAGUUUGAAUACCAGUGAGGAAGAGCUCCACCAAGCAGGCACAAUGCUGGCACUGAAAGCCAAGCCAGACGAACUUGAGAGCUUUAUCAACAUGUUGGACCAGGAACUUGCGGAGAUGUGAACAGAGAUAUGGGGAGGGCGAGGCACUGAGAAGAAAGUGAGAUCCACGCCAGAGCAGAUCUGAUGGAGCAAACGCUUCUCUCGCCUCUUCGGGGACAUGGGAGGGGAAAAAAGUUGCCUUCAGAAAUUAAAAGGGCACUCGCUUCGAUUUUGAAAUGCAAGAACACCCUCAGACACCCCUCGGCAAUUCCGUGUCCAGCCAAUGCCGGCACGUCCCUGCAGCGUCAGGUCCAAGAUGUGUGACAUAUUCCUCAAAAAUAGACAAAGCUUCCAUCUGUCUGACAUGAAAAUUGCUGCCCAGAGUAUGGAGAGAAUGUUAAAAUGCUCUAGUGCUAUGCCAGUAAAAGGCCUUAAAUCUUCAUUUCCAUGUAUUUUUAAAAAGCCUGGGCUUUGCCUGGUUUAAAAUUACAGAUUGCACUUUAGCUUGAAAGCCUAUUUGAAAUCCAAUGAGUUUAAAUCUGCUGUGUGUCAUUAAAGGCUACUUAUGUAUAAACAUUUAAAGUGUACAGUCUUUGUGAAUAUCCUUUUUAUAUACAAUGUUGUGAUAUUAAUGCGUACAUAAAUAAAGCAAAAUCUUGACAGAA